AUGGCUACACCUCGGUGCUACCAGGGCUGUCGUGAGCAGUGCCGGGGAAGUUCCAUGUGGAAACAGCCAUGUCUCCCGGAUCCUGGACGUUCUCCUCCUCUCCUCCUCUCCUCCUCCAACGUCCACACGCCUCCUGAACACCCAAAGACGCCUUCCCCCUUUUGGCCCCUCUUGCCCUUCCCCAUGACACCUCCCUUUGCAGGGCAGCAUCCCGAAGCUUUGGAUCCUACCAGCAUCAAGAGCCCUGCGCUCUGCGCAAGAGGUCAUCGUCGACGCCAAAUUCGAAAUCCCGGCGAUGCUUACCUGCCACCGCAGACCCAACAAGCAACACACCACACCCAGACGUGGACCCUGGUCGUUUGUUUCUAUGACUGA